AUGAGUACAACGUUGCAAGCAGAUGAGUUUCCAGUAUGGGCAUUGGUACCAAAAAGAGAAACGGGAGUCACAAACUUCUUGGCAAAAAAUCCAUCAUACGAUGGCCGUAAUGUGACAAUAGCUAUAUUCGAUUCCGGUGUCGAUCCUGGAUCUCCUGGUCUUAAACUUACAAGUGAAGGAAAACCAAAAGUAAUUGCUAGAUAUGACUGCAGUGGUGCUGGCGAUGUUGACACCUCAACCAUUGCGACACUUGAAGGAAAUAAAAUAAAAGGACUAAGUGGACGUGUACUUGUGAUACCAAGUACUUGGAAAAAUCCUACUGGAAAGUAUCACAUAGGUAUAAAAAAUGUAUUUGAGUUAUACACUGAGGAUGAUCAAAGGCAAAUUGAAGAUAAAAAGAUAGAAACGGAAUGGGACCCACUUCAUAAGCCAUUAUUAUCAAAAGCAAUCACGGAACAACAAAAUUUCAAUAAUGAAUUUGCUCAUUCUACAGUCACACCGACGAGAAACCAGAAAUUAAAAAAAGAUGACCUAGACUGCACUGUUGAAGCUUUACAAAAUUUAGAAAAAAAAUAUAAAUUUAUCACCCCAGUUUAUGAUUGUGUUGUUUUCCAUGAUGGUGUACAAUGGCUUGCAUGCUUGGAUACUUCUGAAAUAGGAGAUUUGGCUUCAUGUAAACUCAUGGGAGAAUUUAGCGAAGAUCCAGUUAAUAAUUUCGAUUACAUCACUGCUUUCGAUCGAAUGAGUUAUUCGUUUAAUGUGUAUAACGAUGGAGAUGUAUUGGAAAUCGUAUCUCUUUGUUCAUCUCAUGGGACACAUGUAUCUGCUAUUUCUGCUGGGUAUUUUCCUGAUGAACCAUACAGAAAUGGAGUGGCCCCUGGCGCCCAAAUUAUAUCCUUAAUGAUUAGCGAUAGUCGUUUAGGGGAAGACUGUACAGAAACUGCAAUUGUGAGAGCAAUGAUUAAAGUUAUGGAACUGAGAAAGAAGUUUAACAUAGACGUUAUAAAUAUGAGUUAUACGUGUUACACAAAUUGGUCUCAUGCUGGAAGAGUUGGUGAUAUUAUGAAUGAUGUAGUAGACAAGCAUGCAGUCACUUGGGUUGCAUCUGCUGGCAAUAAUGGACCAGCUUUAUGCACUAUUGGUGCACCUCCAGAUAUUUCAAAUACGACGAUUAUUGGAGUUGGAGCCUACGUAUCACCAGAUAUGAUGACAGCAGAAUAUUCUAUGCUAAACAAACUCCCAGGAAAUACUUAUACAUGGUCCUCAAGAGGACCAACAAUUGAUGGUGGUAGAGGAAUCAGCGUAUGUGCACCAGGCGGCGCAAUAACAUCUGUACCUGGAUACCUGUUAAGAGGAUCAGAGUUUAUUGAUGGCACAAGCAUGUCUGCACCUCAUGUAGCUGGAGCAACUGCUGUAUUAAUAUCUGGACUCAAAGAAAAAAAUAUUGAUACUUGUCCUUAUUUGAUUAAACGAGCAAUGGAAAAUACCGCAUUGUAUAAUGAUAAGAUUGAUCACUUUUCACAAGGACAUGGUUUAUUACAAGUUGAAAAAGCUUUUGAUUAUUUAACUCAGUACUACACUGAACAAGAAUCAUAUGUUAAGUUCAUGUUUUCUUGUAGUACCAAAGGCCACAGUGUUAACGGGAAUAAAGGAAUCCACAUCAGAAAUGCAAUUGAAAACAAAGUGGUGGACUGUGUUAUAAUUGUGGAACCAGUGUUUUUAAAUAAUGUAAAUGUCGACGCUGAUAGAAAAAUUAAUUUCCAAAUGCACUUGUGCUUGACGAGUGACGUUUCGUGGAUACUUUUACCUAAAUAUCUGGAACUGAUGUACAUGAAAUGCCAUUUUAACAUAAAAGUCGAUCCAAGUGAAUUGUCUCCAGGAGUGCACACGACUACUGUUAGAGCUUAUGAUGUAAAAAACACUGUAAAAGGCCCGGUGUUUACCUUUGAAGUCACUGUUGUCCGGCCAGUAAAAACCGAUGAUUUUGGGUUAUUAUCUUAUGACAACGUCAAUUUCAACCCAAAUUCCCUAAUAAAAAGGGAUUUUGUGCUAGUACCCAAAAAGGUCUCUUGGGCCACUCUCCACAUAAAACAUCUUGACACCGACGUCAACGCUAAAUUCAUACUACAUAGUGUUCAAUUGUUGCCUCAAAAAUCGUGUACAUUUAUGGAAUAUCGCAAGGAAUUUAAGUUGAUGCAUAAUGAAUUUCAAGCUCAUUUCAAAGUUGAGGAAAAUGUGGUAUUAGAGAUUGCUUUGGCGAAAUAUUGGCAGUGUUUUUCAAAUAUAAAACUAUCCUACAAAUUACAAUUUCAUGGUGUCAUACCUCAAUCAAAAAACAUAGCAAUGUAUCACGGAAUGGGUUUACAGUCGGUGAUAUUGAAACCUGGUAUAAAGAAUGAAGAAAUCCAACCAUUUGUUUCUUUGAAUCAUCUUAUUACCAAUCUUAGUCCAAUUGAAGGGAAAAUCACUGCUUUAACUUAUCGUGAUGUUAUUCCACCACAAAGACUAAUCUACCAAUUAAAUUUAUCUUAUGCCUUCUAUUUGCCAAAAUCAUCUGCUGUAUAUGCAACUUGUGGUUUAUUUGAUGAAAUCAAUUAUGAGAGUGAAUAUGAAUCACAACUAUGGAUGUGGUUUGAUUCAAAUAAACAGUAUAUUGCUGCUGGAAAUUCAUAUUAUAAUAAGCUUGACAAAGGCGAUUAUACUAUUAAGAUGCAAGUACGGCAUGAGCGGAGAGAGUUAUUACAAAAUAUCAUUGACCUGCCUAUACAAGUGGUUCAACAAUUGAAAAACCAAAUAAACUUAGAUGUGUACAGUAGUCAUCAUCAAGCCACAAUUUUUGGAGAAAAAUCUUCAUGUUUUAUUAUGACUCCUAAUGGUGAUAUGUGCAACCUGUAUAUUGGAUCACUUUCUAAUGAUGAAAUAAUUUCAUUGAAGUUAUUACCUGGACACUGUUUGACUGGAAAUGUAAUAUAUGCUAAAGAUAAAUAUGGAGAGAAAGUUGAUACAUACAAUUUCAAGUACUUCAUAACGGAUACAUUUAAUACAAAGUAUGGACUAAAACCAGUGGAAGAAAAUAAUAUAGAGGAAUUUAAUACAGCAAUGUGUGAAACAAAAUUAAAUUGGUUAACAUCAUUAGAGUAUGGGGAAGAUUCCAGAAGAUUUUAUGACAGUUUAUGCAAACAAUUUGGAGAUAGAAAUUCUUCUGUUCAUACAUCAUGGAUACAAUGUAUUGAACCAGAAAAUAAAAAAAUAUUUCCUAAUUUUGAAAUUUCUGACUUUGAUGUAGAAAAAGUAAAACUUAUAAUCAUUGCUGCUGAUCGUGCUCUAAACAUUAUUGAUCAAGUAGAUCUUCUUGCAUUUUAUGGAAUUGAGGCUGAUCAAAGACGUGAAGCUUCUAAAAUUAAAAUAUCUAAAGACCGUUUAAAAAAUAUUGUGGUUGAAGCACUAUGUCGAAAAGGUGCAGCAAUGUGCCAAUUGUAUUUUUAUAAAAAUGUGAUCAACAAAAAAAGAGAUAAAAAUGACUUACAGGAUAUUGAUGACAUUUUGCUACAAGUUGCCCGUUUUAUUCCUCCAGAUUUUGAUUUUAAUAGCUUGAAUUAUUUUAAUAUUUGGCACGGAGCAGUGUAUCAAAAUUAUGGACGUUUGAUGAAAAUACUUUUGAGGAUGUUGGAGGAUGAACAUAUUAAAGAAGUUGAAAGUUGCUUGUUGUGGACUGUUAAUAUUAGGUUUGGGGCUUAUUCCAAAGCCAAACACUUAGAAGCUGCUAUUUCAAAUGCUUUAGUGGUCCACUAUCCAAAAACAUUCCGUCCAUUUUAA